UCUCACUGUAAAAGCUAUAAAUACACCCGUUUCUUAAAGGAAGGAGAACCAUCUUCCUUAAAGAUCCCAUUGCCAAACAUCACUCAAGUUCAACAUUGCACAGUUGGUAUCUGCUGUUGUCCAGAAUGGCUGUAGCACGAAUAAUUGUGGCAGUGCUUUGUUUUCUGUCUGUCUCAAGAGGCCAUGUAGAACAAGGCUCGAAUGACGCGGCUUCCCAUUCUGACAUUAUUCUCGCGCGGCAAAAACGCUUCAUCGACGUACAAACAAUUGGACAGCAUUUGGGGAAGCUCUUGAACACAAAGACCGUGCCCGACUCCGUAUCGGGUGCACUCGGAGCCUUGGACAAAGUCACCCAGCUGUUGACCUGUCUCCCUACAAGGUGCACUGGCAACUGCUGUAGCAGUCCUUCUUACUGUAGCAUCCCCCAACUCCAGUCUAAAGUAAUCCGCAACCCUAGGGCCAAGUUUACCCUGUGUAAGAACCCGUGGAAAGUUCGAAUCGAUCUGGACGCCAAGUUCAAUUUACCCUGGUGGGCUAAAUUGCUAAAGAUCAAAGUAAACCCAAUCAUAAUUCCCAUAGAUAGCAGGGAAAAGGAAGGGGUGAUACAGAUAAAGUCCACCACAACGCUCGCCAAAGCAUCUGUGAUAGGCAUUGGUCUGGGAAAAGCCAAGUUGGAGCUUGAUCUUUUCCUUAGAUACGACUGCACUAAGCCGAGAGAUAACCCAUCCCUUCGCAGAAAAUAUAACACCAUGUAUACAGAUGGCAAACCUGGGCCUGAUGGCAACAAGUUGUUCUACAAGGUGGACAUCAAGUUUAAAGAAUACAGGAAGAACUUCUGGUGCUUCUGCUACAAACUUAAGAAAACCAGAGCCUUGGUUGCAAAGAAGGGCCAUUUUGCAGAGGGGCCGAAGUCCUGUAUCAGAGACUCCCAACGUGGCUAG